GUUUAUGGCAAGGCGAUAGGCUGAAAAUUUAACGGUGACAUUUUGUUCAACGAAAGAUUGUCCUUCUCGACAUUCUCACAUGAUUUGAUCAUACUUUUUUUAAGCCAAUUCUUUCCUCAAUCAAUUCAAACCGUUUGCUUCUUUUUAAAUUUUAUUUUUUGUUAUUUUAAACUUCAUUUUAUUCAUUGCUUUCAUAAAUAAACAUGGCGUCGACGGACAAACAAUCGCAACAGAUUCCUAAUGUGGUCAAAUUUAUUUUUGGUGGGACAGCCGGUAUGGCUGCUACUUGUUUCGUUCAACCUUUAGAUUUGGUGAAAAAUCGCAUGCAAUUGAGCGGUGUUGGUGGGAAAGCCAAAGAACAUAAAACCAGUAUCCAUGUAAUACGAGCAGUUGUUGCCAACGAAGGUUUCACUGGUCUUUACGCUGGAUUAUCUGCCGGUCUUUUGAGACAAGCAUCAUACACAACUGUUCGAAUGGGGGUUUAUACAUCUUUGUUUGACUGGUAUAGUCGCGAACAUGCACAAGGAAAACCGCCAGGAUUUUUUAUCAAAGCCGGUCUUGGUAUGACUGCCGGAGCAAUUGGUGCUUUUUUUGGUACACCAGCCGAAGUAUCUUUGAUACGUAUGACAUCUGAUGGUCGUUUACCGCUUAGCGAACGUCGUGGUUAUAAAAGCGUUUUCGAUGCCCUCAUUCGAAUCACUCGUGAAGAAGGCGUUCUAACAUUAUGGCGUGGUUGCAUACCAACAAUGGGUAGGGCAAUGGUGGUCAAUGCUGCUCAAUUAGCAUCAUAUUCGCAAGCCAAACAAUUUUUAUUGUCAACACCAUAUUUUCGCGAUAACAUUGGCUGUCAUUUUGCUGCCUCAAUGAUUUCUGGGUUGAUAACCACUGCCGCUUCUAUGCCCGUCGAUAUUGCCAAAACUCGCAUACAGAAUAUGAAAAUUAUUAAUGGAAAACCCGAAUACACUGGUGCAAUCGAUGUUUUAACAAAAGUGAUUCGUAAUGAAGGUUUAUUUGCCUUGUGGAAAGGAUUCACACCAUACUAUGCCCGAUUAGGUCCGCAUACAGUGUUGACGUUCAUUUUUCUGGAACAAAUGAACAAAAGUUAUAAAAAAUAUGUAUUUGGAGAUACAUCUUCGGGUGGUGGGCUUUAACAAAUAAUUUUGCUUGUAAUUAAUAGAAAUAAUGAAUAUUGUUAAUUUCCAACCCUUAAUUAUCCAAUUUCU